AGCUACUCUAGUCAUCAGACCAUGUUCUAUUUUUCGCCGACGCGCAGUCACGCGCGCGAAGCCACAGCGACUUUCCGCAUGCGCAACUUUUUGCAGGCCGCUGCUGACCGGCAUCUGACUAUAAACGCGUCUGCGUGUUUAGCGGAUGACAUUGCUUGGCGUGUCUGACUUCGACUGCCGCUGACUGCGACGCCAAAAACGUUGGACUAUAUCUGCGUCUUAAAUGUGUUUUAGGCGUAGUACCGCGUAGCCUUGCUGGAUGGACAUAAGGCAGUGCUGUGAAGACUACCCGUGCUUGGCCAUGUUGUGUCCUGCAUCACAAGGGACCUUGGGUGCUGUCUAUACUCUAUUCUACUCUACUGUGCGUGCCGCACUGUCGGCAGUACCGCUCCGUAACAUGCGCACCAAGCACGCAUCACGAAACGCAACAUGUUUCAUCGCACUUUGCUUCAUCCUCUGGCUGUCUAUCGCUGCUGCAUCCCCAGUAGCAGCUGAUCUCCCAGAAGAGGUUCGCGAAGAAGCCUCCAAUGUGCACAGCGAAUCUCCCUUCUAUACUUGCAGGCAAUCUCAAGAUACCUUUAUUACACCGAUUUGUUCUUGCGACCCAUCUUGCAAUCGGUACGGGGUCUGUUGCAUCGACGUUGCUAAAGAUGUACCACAUGUACGUUACAUGUGUAAUCCGCUACCAAGUGGUGGACGUCAGUUUUGGGUGAUAGUGUCAUGUGCAGAACGACGCAUUCGACAGGGGAUGAAAGAGAGAUGCCAGGGACAAUUUAGGGGCGAUUUUCCUUAUGGAUCGUUCCAGUACAGCAUUGACAUUCCUUCCUUUCACGAGCCGUCAAGGGUCCUGUAUCGAAACCGUUACUGUCUAGACUGCAACGGGGGACGACGAGACGAGGCUUACAGCUGGCACAGUAAACUUGAUUGGGUCGGACCGUCACCAGGGAACAUGAGUGCUGAUAGCCAACAGCAGAUGAUGAUGUAUAACGCCGAACGAAACGUUUAUUGGAUGAUGCACGCGGGUAUCAUGUACAAUGCUACAGUUCGAAGCGCUGCGUUUGAGUGGAAGAAUUUUACGAAAGCGUUCAACACGAUGGAGUGCUCUCCCACCGUGGAUGAAUGUCCCAAAGGAAGCGACCCUGCACUCGCUCGGAAGUGUGCACUGUACGCUGCCUAUUAUACCCCGAGCGGUACAAAACAAGUAACAUACAAGAACUUCCACUGUGCCCUCUGUAACGGAGUGUCCCGUACAACGGUUGAGAAAGACGGCGAACGAGCAAAAUUUAUUCAAUCGUUGAUUAGCCUUCAAACCAUCAAACCCACUUCAGACGACUCCUUGUUUGAGCUCGACCCACAGACAGAUCACACCAAGUGUGGUGAUGGUCACAUAAGGCUGCCAGGGCUAAACUGCUGUCAAGCUUUCGGCUGCAGAGGGGGCACAGAGAAAGGCACCAACGGUUGUCUACACCCCAACGGUACCCUUAGCCACACCUGGCUCGUGUUUGAACGAGACCAAGUCACCAUCCUCCCUAACCACACACUGUACUUAAACUUCAAUGGCAAAAUUGUGAGUUCCGAUGACUAUGAAAUAGACAGCUGGACGGGGCGUAUCCUUGUGCGUGUCCAAUAUAAAUAUAUCGGAGCAAAAUUUACAUCGAAUGCCUUGCCAACGGAACCCACACAGUGUUCUAAAACCAAUGACCAUCCUUAUACCUGGAUGUCUUAUGGAGCCAAUUUCGUCAUGCUUGUUGUGAUUAUACUGUGUGCUGGGUUUCAUGUUAAGAGGAGAUGCAAGCCAAGCCAACCCUUGGCACGAGACGGUGCUGGGACCAUUCAGCCACCAGAUGGUGCUAAAGGCGCCGAGUGCCGUAACCAGAACGGUUACUCAGGAGCGCGAUACACUGCGGGGGCAUGUAGUUCCAACAACACGCGUGGCCAUGUUGAAUUUGUUUCGAACGACACUCACGGCUAAUCUCCUAAGAAAAGGAGUCUUACUGGAUACAGCUUCGUCCCACAACUGCAUCAAUUCAUGCGCCUAGUCUUGCUGCGUUUCAUUUACGGUGCUCUUCACUGAACUGUCCCGGCUGUAUGACUCGAAAACGGUUCACGCUGGCCAAAUAAUUCUUUUUGGGUUGGCAUUAGUGGUGGUGGUGUUCACUUGCAUACUCUCACCAAUUAAAUAAAUUGCGCGCUUUAUCUAAUCGCAGCAAAGCGAAAUGAUUCUCGUUUCUCUUACUCAGCGGCAAAUUGGAACUCGAAAGUGAUAUAUAUAUCAACAAAAGUGAUAUAUAUAUCAACAAAAGUGAUACGCACCCUUCCAGACAUAAGCACUCCAAGCACUUGUGGCCAUACCGCUCCAAAAUCAAUUCUUUUAAUCAAUUAAUCAAUGCUUUCAUUUUUCCCCGGGACUAUCCAUGAUUGGAAUCAGUUACCCGAGGAAUGUGUCUCCACUGCUACUUAAGACGAGUUUUAUACUUUUAGACGAGACAUAUGUUCGUCAGCAGAAUGAUUUUGUGCCAAGCGUGACCUCGUGUAUGAGCAUUUUCUGGUUAUAUUUUGAGUGAUAGUAUGUGUGAACCUCUUAUGCUGUGCCAAUUCCUGUAACAGUCGGUGAGCAGGGGCCAACAGUAUUUGAAAAUAAAACAAAUAAAUAAAAUAUUAACUUACGAAUGACCCUCAAGUAUGAGGUGGUGUCGCUCAAAGGGUAUUCACGAAGAAAUAACGCGGAAAUAAACUUUUCGCUAAAACCCAAUGAAUGCUGCGCUGACAUAGUCUGCGAUAUAUCUAGAAAGCUUGGCUUAGAGCUAGCAGCGAAUGCCACUGAAGUAGCUCACAGAGUCCCAACACAGGAUCCAUCUAAACUCAACAUUGUAGUACGCUUUUCUCUAGGCAUCCAUUUCACUGUCUUUCCAUUUCUCUCUUUCGUUCUCUCCCACCCAAAAAGUGACGUUUAAAUGCAGCUCACUUCGGUUACCACCACAAUGAGCCAAUUUUUGUGAACAAACAUCUCUGCAAGGAGCUAAAACAAUUGUUGGGCAAAACGAUCCACAAGGAUAAUCCUGGAAGGAUGGUUUUUCUAAUGAAGAGCAUCCACUCGAAACGUCAAGUAUAGUUUUCCCCCUUUUUAUGUACACCAGUCCCUGUUUUUACUCCAAAAUAAAUGCCCCAAUUUUAAUUAUUUCGCUGGGGAGAUAUGUAUGGGCCAAGGACGGCACGAUCUUUGUCCGACGUACAGAAAAUUCCGGAGCGAUUCAUGUUGAACCAGAAGCAAAACUGCUUGAAAUUAACAAAUGGGAACAUGUAACAUUUACGCGAGUGUAUAAACAUUAGAAGCAUGUGUGACUUUAUAUUGGUUGACGAACUUAAUGACAGCUGUAGGGUACAGUUCUCAUUUCAAAUUGUAUCAUCUCAAUAUUACAGUGUUGCGAAGAUUUUGGAUCAAUUAAGCACCGUAUUGUCGUCUUUGGAGUCUAAGUUCAAUGUUAUUGCAUUCACAGAAACUUGGUUACGUGAGAGAGAAUGUUAUCAAUGAAAUAAUUAUAUAUUUUAGUCUUGUCCAAGAAAAAACCCCAAUGAGAUCGAAAGGUGCAUUCAAACUGCAUAUCUUGUUAUACCUUUUGUUGUCAGCUUUUUUCUGGUUCUAUAUUGCGUGAUGGCACACAGAUAAGAUGUCAGAUUGAUUUGCCCUGCCCCAGGCACAAACUCUCCUGACUACGGCUCUGAAUUUUUUUAAUAGAUUCGGUGCGCUUGGGUUGAUGGUCCUGUUGAUGAUACGCCAUGUUUGUGCACUGUCACCUUUUGCUUGUAUAAUGGCAUUAUAGUAAUACAGUUGGAGAGCAUGCUACGAUGUUUUUGUACAUAUUAAGAGCUUAUGGUUGUCUGUUUGAGCGCGAUUUUGCUUACGCUUCAGAGAUUGCAGCAAUCCUUUGCGAUCCACGGCUUUUGUGUGGACAAUGCUAAUAAAGGCCAUAUUUUUGA